CCAUGGAGGUCUCCCGGAGGAAGGCGCCGCCGCGCCCCCCGCGCCCCGCCGCUCCGCUGCCCCUGCUCGCCUAUCUUCUGGCGCUCGCGGCGCCCUCCCGGGGCGCGGACGAGCCGGUGUGGCGCGCGGAGCAAGCCAUCGGAGCCAUCGCGGCCAGCCUGAGGGACGGCGUGUUCGUGGCGAGCGGCAGCUGCCUGGACCAGCUGGACUACAGCCUGGAGAACAGGCUCUCGCGCCUGUACCGGGACCAGGCGGGCAACUGCACCGAGCCGGUCUCCCUGGCGCCCCCCGCGCGGCCCCGGCCCGGGAGUAGCUUCAGCAAGCUGCUGCUGCCCUACCGCGAGGGGGCAGAAGAGCUCGGGGGGCUGCUGCUCACCGGCUGGACCUUCGACCGGGGCGCCUGCGAGGUGCGGCCCCUGGGCAACCUGAGCCUCAGCUCCCUGCUCAACAGCACCGAGGUGGUGUCGUGCCACCCGCAGGGCUCGACGGCCGGCGUGGUGUACCGCGCGGGGCCCAAGAACAGCUGGUACCUGGCGGUGGCCGCUACCUACGUGCUGCCGGAGCCGGAGACCGCGAGCCGCUGCAGCCCCGCGGCUUCCGAUCGAGACACGGCCAUCACGCUCAAGAACACGGAGCGCAGCCUGGCCACGGAGGAGCUGGGCCGCCUCAAGCUGCGAGGGAGCUCGGGCAGCCUGCACUUCGUGGACGCCUUUCUCUGGAACGGCAGCGUCUACUUCCCCUACUACCCCUACAACUACACUAGCGGCGCCACCACUGGCUGGCCCAGCAUGGUGCGCAUCGCGCAGAGCGCUGAUGCCCUGUUUCAGGGUCAGGCGGCCCUCGACUGCAGCCAUGGACAUCCCGACGGCCGCCCCCUGCUGCUCUCCUCCAGCCUGGUGGAAGCCCUGGACAUUUGGGCGGGCGUGUUCAGCGCUCCCACCGGAGAGGGCCAGGAGAGGCGCACCCGCGCCACUACCGCGCUGUGCCUCUUCAGGAUGAGUGAGAUCCAGGCGCGCGCCAAGAGCUGCAGCUGGGACUUCGAGACCCAGCAGAACUGCAAAGAAGGGGAUCAACCUGAGAGAGUACAGCCCAUCGCAUCCUCUACCUUGAUCCAUUCCGACCUGACAUCCGUUUAUGGCACCGUGGUAUUGAACAGGACUGUUUUAUUCUUGGGGACUGGAGAUGGCCAGUUGCUUAAGGUUAUUCUUGGUGAGAAUUUGACUUCAAAUUGUCCAGAGGUUAUCUAUGAAAUUAAAGAAGAAACACCUGUUUUCUACAAACUUGUUCCUGACCCUAGGAAGAAGAGCUACAUCUAUCUCACAGCUGGGAAAGAGGUGAGGAGAAUUCGUGUUGCGAACUGCAGUAAACAUAAAUCCUGUUCAGAGUGCCUAACAGCGGCAGACCCCCACUGUGGUUGGUGCCACUUGCUACAAAGGUGUACUUUUAAAGAAGAUUGUGUAGAGUCAAAGCACUUUGAAAACUGGCUGGAUAUUUCAUCUGGAGCUAAAGAGUGCCCUAAAAUUCAGAUAACUCGAAGCAGCAGAGAUAAGACCACUGUGACCGUGGUGGGACCCUUCUCUUCAAGGCGCUCAGAGUGCGUGGUGAAGAACAUGGACACCAGCAAGGUGCUCUGCCAGGAGAGAAGUCAGGAAAACCAGGCCUGCACCUGUAUCCUCCUCACCAGGCCAAGCUACCGAGAUGUCUUACUUGUCAACGUGACGUUCUCCUUCGGUUUUUUAAAUUUAUCAGAAAGAUUCAACUUUACCAACUGCUCAUCAUUAAGAGAAUGCUCAGCAUGCACUGGAACUGGCUGUGCUUGGUGUAAGCGUGAAAGAAAGUGCAUCCACCCCUUCACCUUCUGUGACCCUUCUGAAUAUGAGAGAAACCAGGAACUCUGUCACGUUGCCCUGGAGAAGCCGCCGAAGACACCCGGAGGAGGAAGAUUCAAGGAGACUAGCAGUAACAGGACCCACCCAGGUCCCCAGGUCUUCCACAUUAAGGCCAUUGAGCCACAGAAAAUAUCAACCUUAGGAAAAAGUAACGUGAUCGUAACAGGAGCAAACUUUACCCGGGCAUCAAACAUCACGAUGAUCCUGAAAGGAACCAGCACUUGUGAUAAGGAUGUGAUACAGGUUAGCCAUGUGCUAAAUGACACCCACAUGAAAUUUUCUCUUCCAUCGAGCCGGAAAGAAAUGAAGGACGUGUGUAUCCAGUUCGAUGGUGGGAACUGCUCUUCUGUAGGAGCGUUAUCCUACAUUGCUCUGCCACACUGUUCCCUUAUCUUUCCUGCUACCACCUGGAUCAGUGGUGGUCAAAAUAUAACAAUCAUGGGCAGAAAUUUUGAUGUAAUCGACAGCUUAAUCAUUUCACAGGAGCUAAAAGAAAACAUAAAUGUCUCUGAAUAUUGUGGGUCGAAUUUCUGCAGGUUUUUAGCCCCCAAUUUAAAGAGUUCAAAAGUGCGUCCAAACGUGGUGGUGAAGCUGAGAGUACAAGACACCUACUUGGACUGCGGAACCUUGCAGUAUCUUGAGGACCCCAGAUUUACAGGAUAUCGAGUAGAAUCGGAGGUUGAUACAGAACUGGAAGUAAAAAUCCAAAAAGAAAAUGACAACUUUAACAUUUCCAUGAAAGACAUUGAAAUUACGCUCUUCCAUGGGGAAAAUAGGCCAUUAAAUUGCAGUUUUGAAAAUAUUACUAGAAACCAAGAUCUCACCACCAUCCUCUGCAAAAUUAAGGGCAUCAAGGAUGCGAACAGCAUUGCCACCUCUUCCAAGAAAGUUCGAGUGAAACUGGGAAACCUGGAGCUCUACGUAGAACAGGAGUCGGUUCCUUCCACCUGGUACUUUCUGAUUGUGCUUCCUGUCUUGCUCGUGAUUGUCAUUUUUGCGGCUGUGGGGGUGACCAGGCAGAAAUCAAAGGAGCUAAGUCGCAAACAGAGUCAACAGCUGGAACUCCUGGAAAGCGAACUCCGGAAGGAAAUACGUGACGGCUUUGCUGAGCUGCAGAUGGAUAAAUUGGAUGUGGUUGAUAGUUUUGGAACUGUUCCCUUCCUUGACUACAAACAUUUUGCUCUGAGAACUUUCUUCCCUGAGUCAGGUGGCUUCACACACAUCUUCACCGAAGAUAUGCACAACAGAGAUGCCAAUGAGAAGAAUGAAAGUCUCACAGCUUUGGAUGCACUCAUCUGUAAUAAAAGCUUUCUCGUCACCGUCAUCCACACGCUUGAAAAGCAGAAGAACUUCUCAGUAAAGGACAGGUGUCUGUUUGCCUCCUUCUUGACCAUCGCUCUACAAACCAAGCUGGUCUACCUGACCAGCAUCCUCGAGGUGCUGACCAGGGACCUGAUGGAGCAGUGCAGCAACAUGCAGCCCAAACUCAUGCUCCGACGCACAGAGUCAGUGGUGGAAAAGCUGCUCACAAACUGGAUGUCGGUCUGCCUCUCUGGUUUCCUCCGGGAGACUGUUGGAGAGCCCUUCUACUUGCUGGUGACGACUCUGAACCAGAAAAUAAACAAGGGGCCCGUAGACGUGAUCACCUGCAAAGCGCUGUACACCCUGAACGAAGACUGGCUGCUGUGGCAGGUCCCCGAGUUCAGCACUGUGGCAUUAAACGUUGUCUUUGAAAAAAUCCCAGAAAAUGAGAGUGCAGAUGUCUGUCGGAAUAUUUCAGUCAAUGUUCUUGACUGUGAUACCAUAGGCCAAGCCAAAGAAAAGAUUUUCCAAGCCUUCUUAAGCAAAAAUGGCUCUCCUUAUGGACUGCAGCUCAACGAGAUUGGUCUUGAGCUUCAAGUGGGCACACGACAAAAAGAACUUGUGGAUAUCGACAGCUCCUCUGUGAUUCUUGAAGAUGGAAUAACCAAGCUCAAUACCAUCGGCCACUACGAGAUAUCAAAUGGAUCCACUAUAAAAGUCUUUAAGAAGAUAGCAAAUUUUACUUCAGAUGUGGAAUACACCGAUGACCACUGCCAUUUGAUUUUACCAGAUUCAGAAGCCUUCCAAGAUGUGCAAGGAAAGAGACAUCGAGGGAAACACAAGUUCAAAGUAAAAGAAAUGUAUUUGACAAAGCUGUUGUCAACCAAGGUAGCAAUUCACUCUGUGCUUGAAAAACUUUUCAGAAGCAUUUGGAGUUUGCCCAACAGCAGAGCCCCAUUUGCUAUAAAAUACUUUUUUGACUUUCUGGAUGCCCAGGCUGAAAACAAAAAAAUCACAGAUCCUGAUGUCGUACAUAUUUGGAAAACAAACAGCCUUCCUCUUCGCUUUUGGGUCAACAUCCUGAAGAACCCUCAGUUUGUCUUUGACAUUAAGAAGACACCACACAUAGACGGCUGUUUGUCAGUGAUUGCCCAGGCAUUCAUGGACGCCUUUUCUCUCACCGAGCAACAGCUAGGGAAGGAAGCACCAACUAAUAAGCUUCUCUAUGCCAAGGAUAUCCCAACCUACAAAGAGGAAGUAAAAUCUUAUUAUAAAGCAAUCAGGGAUUUGCCUCCAUUGUCAUCUUUAGAAAUGGAAGAAUUCUUAACUCAGGAAUCUAAGAAACACGAAAAUGAAUUUAAUGAAGAAGUGGCCUUGACAGAAAUCUACAAAUACAUCGUAAAAUAUUUUGAUGAGAUUCUAAAUAAACUAGAAAGAGAACGAGGGCUGGAAGAAGCUCAGAAACAACUCUUGCAUGUUAAAGUCUUAUUUGAUGAAAAGAAGAAAUGCAAGUGGAUAUAAGCACUCUGGGGCUUGGCUUAACGUGGCAAAAUUCUUCAGACGACUUGGGAGCAAAAUGGCUGCUUGAGCUACUCUGUGUCGUUAAUUUUUUAGGUUUGCACAAAGGUUCCACUUUGAGCACUGUCUUUUUAACAGACCAAGGCACAUGCACAGCUUUUAGUAAGCAUAUCGACCACUGUGCCUGUGCGUAUACUGUGGGAACCCUUCUGUAAAUAGAGUUGAAGUGGUUGUUGCAAACAGCCUCCUUGUUUACAGAGAAUACAGGGCCAGAAAGCAAGUGUCAGUAUUGUAAUGACAGUCUCCACUUAAGCACAAUGAUAUCUAAGUGGUUUUGUUGGAAAACUACAGCUGUAUAGCACUUGUAACUACACUGCACCUCUGCAGAAAAAGGGAUAUUGCCAGUGCUCAAAACAAAAGGUGAAAUGAGUCACUUGGAAACAAGGUGGAGGUGUUAGGGCAACCUCGAGGAUUUGCAGCAUUGAAACUUUCCCCAGUAGUUCUUGGAAAAGUUGACCGCAGAAUUUGGUAGUGUGUACACUUAGCAUUUGUGAGCGUGUGUGUGUUUAAACCAAAAACUAACAGUGUUGCAACAUUGUUGAAAGGGCUCGUGUUUCUCAGUGGUCGCCAACUGCACUCCAUCCAGCUCACCUCCAUUUUUCAUCCAGGAGCUCUAAAGCAAGGAGAGUGAGUGGGCUUUACUGAAAUGCGACAGUGGUUUACCCAGACACUUUGUCCUAAUGUAUGUUCCUUUUUUAUUUAUCUUUUCAUACUAAAUGUAUUUGAUGGUGGACAUGUUGGGUAUUGUAAAAAAAUACUAUUUUUGUUUAAAAACCUUUGAUCAGAACUAUCUGUGAAAGUGUAAGUCACUCUAAUCCUACAUUUCUAUACUAGUGGCUCCUUGCUUUAGAUUUCUGGUGAACCCUGUGGUUAUAAAUACCUGUGUGUGAUUUUAAAAAAAGAUACAUUUUACAUUUCAUCAAAUUGCUGUUCACACUGGAGUAUUAUAUAUAAAUAAAUAUAUAUUUGAGGCCCAAGGCCUGAAAAAUAUUAGUAAACAACUUGGUAUCUUAGUCUUACUAUGUACUUUUGGAAAUUAUUCCUUACAGGAGAAAGAAUUUUAAAUACUCAUUCAUGCCUUUUUUUUUUAAAGAACUCCCUAUCCAGUUAUACUGUAGUCUUUUUAUUGCUGGGUUUUUUAUUCCUGAAUUUUUGCUGCUCAUGACCAAUUUUAAUACCACUGUGUUUUCCUUCUAUUAAACCACAAAUAAAAUGUGUAAUUGGCAACUCUCAAGCUUUCCUUGUGGCAGGCACCUUUUACCCUUGGUGCUCUAAGUCCCAGAUCUAGGAAAAAAAAAUUCAGGUAGUGAAUAAAACAUUGAUCACACAUUCCUUAAAACCAUUUACCAACACCCUACGGAAUAUCAGAACUGAAAUGUGAAUUUGUCUUAGGGAAAUGCAGUUCUUUUCUGGUCCUUAAUAUCUGGUGAGGAGUGAGAGAGGUAACACCUCAGCAAACGGUUCAGAGAAAGAAGCAGUGACUGCCCUGCUAGGCACUGUCCCAAUCCUGUUGCUUUUGACCACUGUCUGUCCAAUGGACACAUCUCAAAAAUACUACCAAAUAGGUUACUUUUAAGAAUAAAGUGAGAGGUCUUGUCCCCAUCCAAAGCUGCUACAGUCUUCAAAGAGGUGAAGGAAGGCAUUCAAAAGAGAACAGUUACAGGAGGGUUGAGAGCCAAGGGUAGGAGAGUUGCCCAAAAGACUUCCCCUUCUCUAGGGUACAGUGAGCUAAAAGGACCAGCUAGGCUUUAUCUAAGUAUUUCCCGAAUGCUACACGAGGGUGUCCCUGUCCAGCUCUCUGGCACAAGAGUCCUGUGUGGAGAGGGACCUCCCCUUCCAAGGACUGUGCUGUUAGGAACUUUGGGCAAGUCACUUACCUCUUCGUGCCUCAAUUUCUGUAUAUUUCUAACCUACCUCACCGAGGUGGUGUGAAGAUUCACUAAUGUAUGUAGCGUGUUUGUCAAUCCUCCAGUGAAAAGCACUAUCUAGAUCAUGUUUUGGAUCACAUUAGCCAAAUGCAGUAAAUGGCCAAAUUAGAUGUGUGCUGAAGACAAUCAGUCACUGGGUCUAUAUAAACAGCAACUAGAGAAACAAAUGGCAAACAGUAUCUAUUUUCAAGUUCCUUUGCAUAUUUUUUGGUGCAAAACAAUUCAUUUAUAAAUUUUUUUUCUAACAGUAGUGUCUACAGCAGCAUUUAAAAAUUAAUUCUGUUACCUUUUCUGUAUUAGGAUUUAAAGUCUAUUUCUUAUUGUAUACCUGAUUGAAACUGUUCUUGGAGAUGAAUGUUUUAAAUGUCUAUAUCCAAAAAUAAACAUUUUGAUGUAA